UAUUAAACAUCAGGACAAGCAGGGGGAAGUACUGAGAGAGCUGGACGAGCAGAGAGAGGGACAAGCUCUCUUUGUCGUUGAACACAUUAAUAGUAUUCGAUUUUUUUUUAUGUGAAUAGGCAAUUUUAUUAUAAUAUAUUGAGAACCAAUUUUGCCUGCUGAACAUUGGAAAUGGAAGCCCUGCGAUACGUUUUUCUCCUGGUUUGUGCCUGCUUUAUUUAUCAAGCUGAAGGACGCAAAACAUACAGGGACAUGUUCCCCCACAAGCAUAUGAAUGCAGGGAAGUCACCAUUUCCGAUUCCACCAAUCCCUGGCUGGGAUCCAGACACCAACCCAUGGGAUGACUACCUCUACCCUCCACUAAACCCAAAGCCAAAAGAACUCAUGCACCACAAAGGUAAACCAAAGGUUCAUCUGACCAGCGAUGGCCCAGCUCUCAAUGGCUCUUGCAUCUCCUUCACCGCGAAGCUGGACUACCCUCCAUGCCAGAAAGAAAAUGCCAACGGGGACAUUGUUUGGGAUGAGCACUGUGAGGACGCCAAUGGACAAGUGCGUUCUGGCUACGUGUACAACUGGACUUCCUGGUUGGACGACUAUGGCUUUGGAAAGUGUACAGACGUGAAAAAAUGCAAUGUGUUCCCCGAUGGGAAGCCCUUCCCUCAGAGCAACGACUGGAGCCGCAAGAGCUACGUUUACGUGUGGCACGCAAUGGGCCAGUACUUCGAGACAUGCGACGGUUCCUCCUCCAGUUUGACCAUCAACACCACCAACAUCCCUCUGGGUGCAGAGGUCAUGGAGAUCAUGGUCUACAGGAAGCGUGAGCGCAGGACGUACAGCCCCCUGACCACUGACAACAUCGUCUUCUACGUCACAGAUAAGAUCCCACUUGCAGUUGACAUCUCCCAGAAGGCUGCGGUUAACCAGUCUGAGAAUGUUUUCUUUCGUGGCGAGGACGUGGUCUUCAAAGUCCAGCUCCAUGACCCCAGCGGCUACCUCAAAACCGCAGCCGCCAUUGACUACAUCUGGGACUUCAGCGAUGGCAACCAGCUGGUGACACACUGCGACGUGACCACACACGCCUACAGCGUGCUGGGGAGCAUGAGUGUGAAGCUGGUAGUAGAGGCAGCGUUCCCUGUAGAGUGUCCGCCCACCUCUGCCACCCCAACUCACAGGAGCUCCACGUCAUCACCUCCCACAGAGGCUCCCUCUCCUCCACCUCCUGGUACUCAUGCUGGGACUGUCAAGAUGGAGACAACCCAGGUGCCACCCAGCACCAGCCAGCCCCUUCCCUCCUCCUCCUCUCCUACUGCCAUGACAACAGGCCUGCCCACCACGGAGACCCUCUCCCCUACUGUUGCCAAUGCGACCCCGGAGUCGAACCCCACAACCCUGGCCUGGCUCCGCACCAGGAACCUCAACAGCAACGGAUGCUACCGAUACGUCUAUGGGGCCUUCACGGGCAACAUCACCAUUAUCGAGCCCAACCACGCACUGACCAGCCAGUCAAACAGUCGCAUUGUGGAUGUGUCGGCUGCCAGAGUGACCAACACUGACAUAAGCUUCCUGGUGAAAUGUCUGGGCAACAUCCCCACUUCAGCCUGCACCAUCGUGUCAGACCCCACCUGUACUCAGGUGCACAGCAUUAUGUGCGAUGACGUGCCGCCAUCGUCAGAGUGUGAAGUGCAUCUCAGGCGAACUUUUCCUGAGCCUGGCACCUACUGCGUCAACAUCACCCUGGAGGACUCCGGGAGCCUGACCCUGACCAGCACCACCGUCACCAUCGCCAAGUCCCAGGAUACACCUGUGUCCAAGACUUCACACACUGCAGAGGUGGUGCUCUCUUCGACCGCUGUGCUGGUGGCCGUCUUUGCAUUCGUUGGCUAUUUGGUCUGCAAGCGUUACAAGGUGUACCGUCCCAUUCGUAGGUCACUGUUGGACGCCAGCGGCCAUGCUGGGGUCAGAGGACGCAUGGUCCGUUUGAGGGAGGCACUCUUCCCCUCCAGCGAGGAGAGCCAUCACCUGCUGACUGAGAGACUCCCUGUGUAGGCUCUAUAGCUCCAGCUCCUUGUUCUGCAUAGUUAUUGAAUGAGGUAUUUGCUAGGAGAUGAAUUCCGCUCAAAUCAUGGCUGUUUUCUGAUAAAAAAAUAAUUGCUUUAUUGCAAAUUUUGUGCCAUGUGUUGCUUUACAGUACAGUUUAUCGAGAUGCUAAUCAACAGUUUAGUAUGAAAUCUGUGAGAUGGUUCUUCAAUAUAAAGUGUAUACUAGUGACAUUGCAUGCUCUUCCUCUUGAAUUAAUUGAUAGAAUUUUAAAACGACAGAAAAACUAAUUCAAGAAAUGUACUGAAAACUUGAGCUGAGGACUAAUAAAAAAAAAUAAAAUAAAUUAAAAAAAGAUUGUGAACUAACCACUCAUCUCUUUUGAAGAUGGUCACAAAUUCUUUUCUGUUUUACCAUUCACUUCAAUGACUUUAAGUCACGGCUAAAGCUGAAAAAUGUAUUAUGGAUGGUAAUCAAAUAGCUCCAUGAACAGCUCAGAAAACCACAAAUAAAAUGUGGACAUUUUGUGGUCUCGUUACAUUUAAAUACCGGUGCCAUUUUAGGGUCAGUUUGAUCCCUUUGCAUGGCACACACUUAAUAUAUUAUUCCUGUAUAGUGCAAAUAUGUUGCUCGUCUUGCAUAUUCCCUGC